AUGGAGGACACUUACAAUAACAGGACUUCUCUGGUUAAGGGGGCCAAGGACAUGGUCAAGGAGGCCAAGCGGCAUGCAACAAAGAAAGUCAACAAGGUGGUGGACCGUGCUACAGAUGAGUACUCGUCCCACCGCAACUACACCCGAUUCCAGGAUGAUGAGGAUGAAGAUGAGGAUUUCUACCGGAACCCCCCGAGGCAGGAUGGAGAGGGCUACCAUGACAAUGAGGAAGGCUCCAGUGAUGCCACAGAAGGCCACGAUGAUGAGGAUGAGAUCUACGAGGGAGAGUACCAGGGGAUCCCCUCAGCAGGAGAUAGUAAGCAUAAGGCGGGCCAGGUGGCACUGGGGCAGCCAGUGUCAGAUGCCACAAGGGACCGUAAGGAGCUGGAGCAGGAGAGACAGGCUGAUGAGGAGGAGCUGGCCCAACAAUACGAGCUGAUCAUCCAGGAGUGUGGCCACGGGAGGUUCCAGUGGCAGCUGUUCCUGGUGCUUGGGCUGGCACUCAUGUCAGAUGGUGUGGAGGUGUUCGUGGUUGGUUUUGUGCUGCCCAGUGCAGAGACAGACAUGUGUGUACCCAACUCCAGCUCGGGAUGGCUAGGCAGUGUUGUUUACUUGGGCAUGAUGGUUGGGGCGCUCUUCUGGGGCGGGAUGUCAGACAAAGUGGGCCGCAGACAGUGUCUCCUCAUUUGCAUGUCCACAAAUGGCUUCUUCGCCUUCCUGUCAUCUUUUGUCCAGGGAUACGGACUCUUCCUCCUCUGCCGUCUCGUUGCAGGCUUCGGGAUAGGAGGUGCCGUGCCCAUCGUUUUCUCCUUCUUCGCAGAGGUGUUGUCCAGGGAGAAAAGAGGAGAACACCUCAGCUGGCUGUGCAUGUUCUGGAUGAUUGGAGAGAUCUAUGCAUCUGCUAUGGCCUGGGCCAUCAUACCACACUAUGGUUGGAGCUUCAGUAUGGGCUCAGCGUACCAGUUUCACAGUUGGAGGGUGUUUGUGGUGGUCUGUGCCCUGCCCUGUGUGUGUGCUGUGGUGGCACUUACCUUCAUGCCUGAAAGCCCUAGAUUCUACCUCGAGGUGGGGAAGCAUGAUGAAGCCUGGAUGAUCCUCAAACAGAUCCACGACACCAACAUGAGAGCGCGUGGGCAACCGGAGAAAGUCUUCACCGUAAACAGGAUCAAGAUCCCCAAACAGCUGGAUGAACUGGUUGAAAUGGAAUCGGAGUCCAGCAACCCAGUUUCCAAGGUCUUCUUUAGGAUAAAGGCCGAAACACAUGGGAUCUAUCUGAAUCUUAUGAAGUGCUUCAAUUACCCUAUGCGAGAAAACAUGAUGCGCCUAGCCAUAGUGUGGUUCACACUGUCGUUCGGGUAUUAUGGCCUGUCAGUCUGGUUCCCUGAUGUCAUCAAACACCUUCAGGCAGAUGAAUAUGCCUCGAAAGUGCAGAUCCACAACAAUGAACGCAUCGAAGACUUCACCUUCAACUUCACCAUGGAGAACCAGAUUCACAAAAAUGCCCUCUUCAUUAAUGACCGAUUCACCAAUAUGAAGCUGAAGUCCGUCACCUUCAUUGACUCUACGUUUCGUAACUGCUACUUUGACGAUGUGACAUCGGUGGGCUCCUUCUUCCGUAACUGUAGUUUCAUUGAUGCAUUCUUCUUCAACACAGACAUCGAUGAAUCCAAGUUGAUAGAUGGCACAGAGGUGAUCAAUAGCACAUUCACCCACAACAAGACAGGAUGCCAGAUGACAUUUGAUGAUGAUUACAGCGCCUACUGGGUUUACUUCAUCAACUUCCUCGGGACCCUGGCUGUUCUGCCCGGCAAUAUUGUGUCUGCCCUUCUUAUGGACAAAAUUGGGCGUCUGUCCAUGUUAGGUGGCUCUAUGGUGCUUUCAGGCAUCAGCUGCUUCUUCCUGUGGUUUGGCACCAGUGAGUCCAUGAUGAUUUUCAUGUUGUGCCUCUACAACGGCCUGAGCAUCUCUGCCUGGAACUCCCUGGAUGUGGUCACUACUGAGUCAUUCCCUACAGUCAGGAGAGGAACAGGCUUUGGUUUCUGCAACGCUCUGUGUAAGCUGGCCGCAGUCCUGGGGAAUCUGAUUUUUGGUUCUCUUGUUGGCAUUACCAAGGCCAUCCCCAUCCUCAUGGCCUCGUCUGUGCUCGUCGGUGGAGGCCUUGUUGGACUCCGGUUGCCUGACACUAGGGCAAAUGUCCUCAUGUAA